AUGACAAAAGAAAAGAAAGAGAAAAAGAAUAAUGAUGUUGAAGAUAUAACAACAACAACGACAGCGACACCAAAGAAACUAAAAGGUGUGGUUCUCUCAAAAGAAAGUCCUGUUAAGGCAAUCAAUAUUCCUGCACGUGCAUCUAAAUUACCAGCUAAUAAUAAUAGUUCACUGGUGUCAUCACCUACUUCACCAUCACUACCAUCAUCACCACUUUUACAAUCAUCUACAAACAGUUUAGAUUCUGCUACUACGACGACGACAACGACGACGACAACAACUACAACUACACCACCACCAAAGAAAACCUAUAACAAGUCAUCGACUACACCGACUUCAUCGACAUCGAAUACACCUACAUUACAAUCAGUAAAGAAAGACUACAACUAUAACUAUGCCAGUAAGAAAGCAAAUUUCGGUGUCAAUUCAACAUUGAUUAUACCUCAACUCUAUGUAGAGUCACAGGUUGACUCUGACAUUCGUGAGCAGAGUAAAAAGAGAUCAUCAGAUCAACAACAACAACAGCAACCGCAACAACAGAUGUUUAUCAAUAAUGAAUUGUUAUUACGUAAUUUCCAAAAUCAAUUAGAUGUUUUACAGUUUAAAUCACUACCACCACCUGUUAUAGAUGUGGAGAUGAUGCCAACUAUAUUACAACCAAAGAAACCGAAACUGUUGAAAAGCGAUCAGCCUAUGGAGUUGAAACAACCAAAGCCAAUCAAGAUACCAAGAAAGAUUGAGAAAAUGCAGAAUCGUGCCAUCAAAUAUCACAAGCCUGACUUUUCACUUCGUGGCGAUUGGACCAUAGCAGAUGACCGUCUACUCAUCGACCUAGCACAGAGAUUUACAACAAUAGAGCAAAUCUAUAAUGAAUCGAAAUCAUUAUUAAAUCAAUUUAAUAAUAGUAACAAUAACAACAAUAAUAAUAAUAAUAAUCAAAAGAAAGAAAGAAGACAUUUUUCAAAGGAAUUUACAGUUGCUGAAAUAGAGGAUCGUUGGCGACAGUUGUUAUACAAUGAGAAUGUAGCUGAUGAAGCUGCUUCGAUGAUUGCUGUCUUUGGUUUGUCGAAUUCAAUGAAUACACCGUUGUAUCAUCAUCAGCAACAGCAUCUACAGCAACAGCCAAUACAGCAAUCGCAUCUUUGCCCGGCAUGGUCAGAACAAGAACUGAGAAUGCUGGCCAGCUUUGCACAACCCAAUAUGAACAGUAUCAAUUUCACACGAUUACUUCACAGUCCAGAGCAUAGACCAUACUUUCAUAGCAGCAGGACAGCAAGACAACUCGAACAGGUCUACAAAGACAAACUACUCACCAAACCAAUCAACCUAUUUCAUCCAUACAUUAGCUUUUUAACUGAUCAAAAGAAAAAGAUAAAAUCAUUAUUAAAUACAACUUUAAACACAACAACAUCAACAACAACAUCAACAACAACAACAACAACAAAUUCAAAUAUAGAUAAUAACAAUGAUGAUUUAAUGAAUAUAGAUAGUAGUAGUAAUAGUAAUGUAGAUAAGAAUAUAAAAGAAGAAGAAGAACAACAACAACAACAACAAUCAAGUCAAAAAGAACAACAAAGUUUGGUGGUGGAUGAUGGCGAAUUUGAAUUUAUUGAUAUGAAUACAUUUCUGUAUAGGAAGAAUGCGGAUGCAUCAGGUUCUAUGAUUCCUCAAACAGAAUGGGAUUCAGUGAUAUCUAUUCCUCCCACUUCAAACGUUGAUUUAUGUAGUGAUCUUAUUUUGAAUCCAUUUUUAAAUAUACCCAAGUAUAUGGUCGCUGCCGAUGCACAAGAGGAUGAAAAGAAUGAUUUGAGGUCAAUUGUAAAGCUGGAGAAGGAGUACAACACAGACAAGGAGAGAGACUACAAAUCACUCGCUUUAAUCAGAGGUGACUCCAUUAGAUACUAUAUGAGGUCAAAGGAUAUAGUUGUUGGUAGAGACCUCUCACCAAAGAACCUCAUUGAUUUGGAUCUUCGUGAGGAGUCUGAUUACAACAUUAGUAAAAUUUCAAAAAAACAAAUCCGUAAGCAACUCCAAUCCAAAGAAAGCGGAGCUUCCUCCACGAAUGAUAACAGUCAAUCUGAUGACACCACAACUACUUUUAGUUCCUGA